GAGUGCUAUUUUAUCUACUUUUGGUAGAAGGCUUACAAGUACUGCUUAAAAAUAUUUGAAUGCUUAAUCGUAUAUGAAAUGUGAUAAAGGACGGAAGUGAAUCGCCUGUGAUCGCACAUUGAUUAAAUAUAAUAGAUUUCUACUCUAUUAUUAUUCUGUAUUGGAAAAGAGUCAUUGUUAAGCCCGACGAUCGAUUUUGACCAAUAACAUUAUGAAAAUAAAGCUCUUCUGCGGCAUAUAUUGGUGAAAUGAAGGAUUUGUUAUGAAGGAUAAUACAAAACAUAAAUUGGUGUGCUAUUGACGGGAACUACAGCUGAGUACUAAAACAAAAAAACAACAACAACACAUAAACAGCAGUAUCAUCGAGACAGCGGCAACAGCUAGUACUACGUGAACAUCAGUAACAACAACAACUGCGACAUUUAAAACUGAACAUAAGCAAUACCACACGAAAUCCCUACCCGGACUGAGCAAGCCACAACCGACGAUGAAAGAACGUAAAACAGGCAGCCGGAAGUCCCACUACACGACUUUGGUACUUCCGCCGUGCCGCGUGUGUGGAGGGGAAGCGACCGGGUAUCACUUUGGAGCCCUCACGUGCGAAGCAUGCAAGGCAUUUUUCCGACGUUCGUUGGUCCAGAAAAAGGAAAAUAAAUGCAAGCGGCAAAGUUCUUGUGACGUUACAUCAAAGAGGUCGGGUAACUGCGCCCCCUGUCGGUUGGCCAGAUGUCGAAAGCUAGGCAUGUGUAAAGAAGGUGUCCGGAAGGGCCGUUUCUCCCUACCCAUGCGGACCCAGGCCAUCAACGAAGCAAACAUGCUGGAGGGUAAACUUCCGGUAACCUCUGACGAUAAUUCUCAACCCAGCACUCCCGAAAGUUCCUCGUCUGGUGCGGACAGUGGCAUCUGUGAAUCGCCAGGGAGCUCUUCCGGUUCAUCUGAUACUUCUGACACCAUGCUGGUUCCGUAUGGCUGCAACGUUGCUAUGGAUACGGACAUGUCGUUAGUGGCCGGAAGUAUGUACGACCAACUGCUGACGUCAUUGGUGACGUCACAAGAAUCGAUCUAUCCGGAUCUGAAAAAAUACUUUGAGAUGCCCCUUGAUGCAUUGCAUAAGGAUAUCCACAAUACGCUAACAUUGAAGGAAGAAAUUUACGAGGGAGUGUUCGGGUCAAGCGCGCCGAUGACUACAGAACAGUUCCAAGACAUUUUCGCCACCACAGGCAAUGACGUGGACUCGCGGCUCCAGCAGUUUGAGAUGUACGGCCGCUCCAUGGAGGACGGCAUCCGGUUGUACCACGCGUUCGCCGAGCGCGUCCCAGGACUUCCGGAACUGUGCCCCGCCGACCGCGAUAGCCUUAUCAAAGCCGGCCACCUGGAGUUCUGGUUCUUCGGUUCACACAUGCUGUUUAAUAAGAAGCUGGGCAUAGCCAUGUGUUAUGACGGCUCCCAGACCGGAAGUAAGGCCCACAUGACGCGUUUCUUUGACGCCGAUUGGAUCGACCUGAACUUUGACUUCGCCGACACUCUUAGUCGUCUGCAGCUGUCGUUUGAGGAAAUAGUGCUCAUCCGGGCAAUUAUACUGACGUCAGCAGACCGCUGUACCUUGACAGACAGAGGCACAGUUCAAACGUUACAGGAACGCUAUCUGGAAUGUAUGCGGCGCCAUCUAGCGGCCACCUGUCGCCAACCGUCCAAACGACUGUUCAGAAUCAUUGAACGCUUAGUUGCGGCCCGAAAUAUGAAUGAGAUUAACUUGCGUAUAAACCGGAAGUUCCUGCAUCAGUGGGGAUUUCUUAUCCAUGAUUUGCCGCUAUGGCAAGAUAUGCUGUGUUAUGAUGGACAUUAGAUUGUUUGAAAAGACAUACGUCUAUUAAAGGAACUCCAGAUGGUUCCCAAACAGAUAAAGUAUUUCCUAAAAUGGAGCCAAGAAUUAUCAAUACGAAUUAGAAUGAGGCUGAUUAUUCAUCAUUUUACAAAAUAAUAUUUCGUCGCUUUCUAAGCUGAGUUGACACGUUUAAGAAUAGCGCAUAAUGGUUUCCCAGUUGUUUAUAGUGUGUAUACUUAGCAUGUUAAAGUCACGUGAUUAGUACAGCUAUAUAUA